UGGCAGAUCAUGGGUUUCCCCUGCAUCUGUCUACAGCAACCGGUGCUCCUUGAAAACACCUGCGCCGCCCAACUCUUGAGAUUGACAAUUCCUAGGGCUAACCAUCACGCCAUCUGCCAAAGCUGUUGACAAUUUGUCCUGAGCAACGGUGAUCGACAUCAGCAAAGGCCCCAAACUUUCUGUUCGCAGUGAAGGCUGCGGAGAUGCCAAGGCGCCCAGAGAGUGGCACGCAGAAGGCCAAACGGCGGCUGAAAAAACAUGUCAAAAGCCAAAAGACCGCGAAAUCGAAGCCUUCGAAGCCGCGAAGACAGCGAAUUGUGAAGCGCCGGGCAAGUAAAGAGCGAGAGCGAGAGCAGAGCGUUGGGCAAGGUUCCGGGCAUGACUGCCCGAUAUGUCAUGAGGCAUACUCGCCAUCCGUUUUUCCGGUGGUUCAGGCUCCAUGUGGGCAUGUGACUUGUGCAUCAUGCAGCUUGCAAUGGCAACAGAAAAAACCUGCCCGGACGUGUGCUCUUUGCCGUACUCCUGUCCUUAGUGUCGCCCACUGCGCUCUUUUGGAGCAGUUGAUUGACAGAAGAGGAGCUGGUUCUAGCAUGAUCGCAGCAGAAGCUGAAAAUUCCCGAUCAGAGAUGAAGCAGGCCCUUCGAGAUCUCAGCAAAGGAGACCUGAAUAACAUUCCAGCAGACUAUCGUACUGAUGCCAUAAAAGCAGCUGCGUACCGAGCCAUUCGCAAAAGCGAUUUGGAGAUGUUCAAGACAUGUAUUCGCGACUUUAAGGUGCGUGCUUCAACGAAACUGACUUGUGAAGUGGCUGAAAAUUGGCGAGGUGAUCUUGGUGUGAUUGAUUUUCUUUUGUCCUGUGGUGCACGUAUCAAUGGGCAUCGGGAAGAACGUCCCUUGGUCUGUGCUGCGCAAAGUGAAAAUAUUCCGAUGCUUCGGGGGUUGCUCGAAGCCAAAGCAGAUGCCAUGAGAACAAUAGGAGAUUCAGGAGAAACUGCUUUACACUUGGCUGUGCGGUACGGGCGCUUCGAAUCUGUUCGUGCCCUUUUAGACCAUGGCGUGCCCGCAGAUGUUGCCGAUCUUGAUGGGCGUACUCCUUUGUCACUUGCAGAGAAAGGUUUGUUGAAUCACUUGAACGGUUGCGGCAUGCAGCCCUGUGCUCGUUGUGAAGCUAGAAUCCAAGUUCGUGGCGAGCUGAGAUGGAGGUUGGGUAAGUCCAGUGGGUCUAGCGGGUCCCGUGUGUCCACCGCCACACCGCCACCGGCGCCAACUCCUCCCGAUGAUGCUGAAUCAGAGGACGUACAAUUACAAAUGUUGACGAUGAUCCCAUGGAUGAUGCUAGCGACGUCUACGAUCAUGAAGAGGAAGAAGAAGGAGAAGAGGAGGAUCAUGAAUCCAGUGAUGAUUCCCUGGAUUAGGUGGGGGGGUGCAAGACCCAGGAGAAGUCAGGGCAAUUGUACAGGAGGGUGUUGCAAGGUGAAUGCCUGAUGCCCUCUGGCCCAAUUAAGAAUGACCACAAAAAGUCCGACAUGUUGCUUGUUGCUUCGGAGUGCCCUGGAACAUUUGAAGUGAGAACUGUUUUGCAAC